GCUCUGCCUCCCCCCAGGUGCAUCCCCACCAGCUCGGCCACCUCAACCAAGUCCCCCUACCCGUCCCCAUGGAGUGACCUCGCGGGGGUCUCUGCACCGGCGCAGCCCCCCCGGCAGCCAGCCCGGCAGGGAGGGAAGCUGGACGCCACCGCGAAUAUGAGCGAGUUCUGGCACAAGCUGGGCUGCUGCGUCGUAGAGAAGCCACAGCCCAAGAAGAGGAGGAGACGGAUCGACCGCUCCAUGAUUGGGGAGCCCAUGAACUUCGUCCACCUGACGCACAUCGGCUCUGGCGACAUGGCCGCGGGCGAAGGCCUGCCCAUGACCGGUGCUGUCCAGGAGAUGAGGUCCAAGGGCAGUCGGGAGCGACAGUGGAGCAGCUCCCGGGUCUUGUAGCGUAUUCCUGGCUUUUUCAGCCCAAACUUGAACUGCCUGAUCCUUCAACCGGAGGAGACGCCAACCUCGAGUGCUUUAACCCCGCGGUAAUUUAUGCAGAGCGAUCCUCGCCCGGCUCCCAGUGGCUUUUGGCCAUCGUCCCCCUGGCAAAUCCCUCCUUCCCAGAGGCAUCGGGUCGGUGACGCGGGGAGGGAGCGGGGACGGCAGCCCCCACCUCGUGCCCGCCCGGGAUUUCAGCCAAAAGGACUCAGCCGCCCUCCCGAAGCACGCCAGGAGCUGCCGGGCGCAGCCACGAUGUGCCAAAUCCUCCCAGUUUUCCCUUUUUUCCACACCGGCGUCUCCCAUGGGCCCCUCUCGGCGCCGGGCCGCGGUGCCUCGGUUUCCCCGGGGGAUCGCAGCGAGGCCGGUCCUGAUGCCGGUGUGGUGCCCUCCCGGAAAGGCAUAGAAGAGCAAAACCAGGAUUAAACCCCAACGCUUCGGAGUCUCGCCGGCAGCCGCUCAGUGCCGACACCACCAGCGAGCC